CCACACAGCACUGAGGCCCAUGCUUCAGAAAUGGCAAUCGGCCAACCCAGCUAACUCAACUAACACCAACUGCCCCGAGACACUCUAUCUCUACUCAUACAUGGCCCCAGACUUCAUCCUCAAGAGAAGAAACUUUAAUCUCACUUGUACACAGGCGAUCGUCACAACGAUCCCCAUGUUCCUAAACGAAAAAGGGUGCAAGAACAAGACCAGGAUCGCCGUGGGAUUUUCAGAGGUAAAGGACUUAUUCAAAAAAGAAGCCUGUGAGGGUUAUUUCUUGAUGAAGAAGAACAAAAUACCCGCGUAUCACCUGAAUAGCACACUUCCAAACAAAGAACUGAACUGUAGUGGCGUAUCUGUCAGCGGUAACGCGGGUUAGUCCAAGCCGCAGGACCGGGUCGUGAGGGAGGACUCGCGUGGCAGUCCUGUGCUGCAACGAGAGGCUCUCUGGUCACGGCGAGGCAAGCGUUGCAAGAUGGACUGGCUCGGAAAACGGACCCGGAAUACGUCGGUCCGCAAGCUGUGUUGUUCAAGCUUGGGACUGGAUUU